AUGCUCUCCGACCGAAAACACACGGUCAGCUACGCAAUUGACUUGCUUCGAGCCCAUCAAAUCCGCCGCGAGAACCUAUUUUUGCAUGAAGAGUUGAAGAGCUGUCGCAAAGAGAUCGCUAACCUACACGAGAAGGUGAAGGAUGCCAGGACGGCUAUCCAAGCCAGUCACGACGCUUCCGAGAAGACACGGUGCACGUUGGAGGAACAGAACAUACGCUUGAUUGAUCAAGGCGAUGGUCUUCAGGCUCUCCAACAAGGGUACGACACGAUACAAAGUGAGGUUUCAUCUCUGAAGACCACGUACAAUCAGGGUCUUGAACACACUCAGGCGCAGUGGGAACGGCUCAACAAAGAGAUUGACACUGUGAGAACCAAUUGUCAAAAUGUCGCAGACGUCCGACAGAAGCAUGAAGGAAUCAUGGCCUCGCUCACGAGGUUGGAACACACCAUGGUUGGCAAAGCAGAUGCCUCGGUCGUUGAAGCGCUUGCGGUGCAAGUCAACGAGCUCCCGGGGCCGCCACCAGCAGCAGGUGGCUCGUCGGCUUCGGUCAGUCGCAUAGAAGAUAGCUUCGAGCCUCAGUUGUCUCCUUGUGUACCAGGGAACAAUAUGGUCCAGAUCCGAGAUUCGCAAGGCGGCCGGCCUCCAGGAAGGACAGAGACACCGCACGAGCAACAUUGGCCGGAUCACCUGCAUAGAAGAGAGGCGACCUUACCAGACGACCUGGAUCUCGACGAGAAUGCGAACACUUUCAGCUACGUUGGCCACCAAACAGCGGCCCAUCAAGAGGAGAUUGACACAUUGCAAACAUUGCCACAACCCGACAUGCACACCUCUCAGUUAGCCCGAGUCAAUCUCCUUCGGCAAAGAAGGUUUGACGAUUGGGAGUACUAUUACUCUCAGGGCUUGACGCUCAUCGAGGCUCUUCCACGUACCUUUGAGGAGACGAUUGUGCGGAACUUCAUCAACGGCAUGUUCCUAGAGGCUCAACGAAAGCAGUGCCAACAGUUGCUGGACGCGAAGGGGUGGACAUGGGACAACGUAGUCCUGUUUGGGAAAGUAUGCUCCCAACUGUCCACCGGAAGCGAAGCAGGCACAUUGGUGGAAAACGCUGAAGCGUCCAAGUCCUCGAGAAAACUCACAGAGGCCCUGGGUAGGCUUGGGAAGUCGAAAGCACAGCGAAAGGAGAGAGCCCACAGGAAAAUAAAGGCUUUGGGAUGUCAACCUGGGGCCGAUACUGGACCGUUACGUCGAAGCCAGCGGCUGGUAGAAAAAGAGGACCGAAAUCAAAGACAAUCGAAGCAACCCCGGGCAGGGUCGAGGCCGCCUGAUGCACCCUUACCAAGAGCUUGCGGAAUGACUGGUACGACGAAGUUGGGUACAAGAUCUGAGAUCGCCCAACCAGCCCUCAGACAACGAGCAAUGCAGCAGAACAAUCCUUCUCCCCGAGUCCAGGAUUCAUCAGCUGAAGUGGCUGUAGAGCGACAAGGUCAAUUGGAUCAAGUUAUGGCUGGUGUCCAGCCGGUCGAGAUCGUGGUACCGGCGCAAAAUUCGGACACUGCCCCCGGCAAAGACAGUGGUGUACCCGAGUCAGUACGCCCACCACCGAUCAUAGCGGGAAAGAUGCUGUCGAAGCCAGCUGUUUUUGAUCUACAGCGAAAGAGGGCAGGUCCAGUGCGAUCGAUCCCGCGACUCGUGCCACACAAAAGGCGGGUAGCUGAGUCUGCAGGAGAAAGUAGCAACGAUGAAGGAUUUCUGCGGAAGCCUCAGGCGUUGAAAGAUCUCGGCUGGGGAAUCAAGGGAACGAAGCAGAAGAAGCAGGAGAAACGACACCUUCCGCUACCACCUCCUCCAGAGAUCCCCAUUCUACCCACAUCAAGUGAGGAAUAG